GUUUGGAGAAAGGCGGCCACAAGCGCUUUUCUGCGGGGUGCGCGGUCCUUUUCUGUCACUGCUGGCGCCGCCAUUUUGGUGACAUCGUAAGUAUUCCUCCAUAGCCUUUUUCAUUCCCUCCGAGACCGCUGUCCUGCAGCGAGAGCGCUAAGGAACUUGCAGGAUGAUGCCCUCAUAGACAUGAGUAGAACAGUACAACUUUCUGACUUUUGAGCUUCUCAUUUAGACAUGGCCGCUACUGUUUUUGGUUUGAUGCAGGCAACAGAUUUAUCUGCUUCCUUUCAGACUUUUGGAGAACCUAAAUUGCCCUUACAUUGCAACCCCAAUCCGUCUUCUAUUGCAUUUCUUUCAGGAAGGGGCGCUACGGGUUCAUGCCUUGCUGCAAAAGCGAGAUCACACAGAAGUGAGCAUGCGGUGAAGUCUCGCUGCGACCAAGAAAGCCGGCAGCAAUCUUCAUUGUGGGGAGGGCACCUCGGCGAUAACUCAAACACAAAGCUUUCCCAAUUGAGCAAGCGGAACUAUCGUUCCAGCAGUCGACCUGUGCAUGGUGGAGAGGUCUGGAACACAACUAGCAUGGCAUCACAAUCUGGUCCCCAGAAGAGAGGCCCCAAAACGGCAGUGCCAGCUUUCAGCAACAGCAGCAUCUCCGGAGCGCCACCUUCCGGGCCCAAACCCGCAGCCCUUCAAGCGACUCAGGCCUCCACACUUUCGGUGUCAGACACCGGAGCAAAUGAAAGCCUAACUUCUCAAGGGGGUGACUUGACACCGGACGGGUGGCCCAGGCUCACAGCCAUUGUGGCUGGGGCGGGGCCUGCGGGGGCGCUUGCGGCUCUUCUUCUUGCGCGCCAGGGAUUUAAGGUUGAGGUGUUUGAGAGACAGGACUGGGAUGAGAGCGCUAACGAUUGGCUGAAGAAGCACGGCGGGUGGAAUGUGGCGCUGACGGGACGCGCGUGGGCGGCCCUGGAGAGCGUAGGCCUGACGAAAGAGGUGGAGGGCCGGGGCAUGCGGAUCAAGUACAUGACAACGCUGCAGGGUCAUGGGAAGGAGUCGGUGCUUAUGGCCCGCAAAGUCAACUUCAAGCACUUCUCCGUCUCCGUCCCGGACCUAUCUGCCGUCCUCGUUCGCGCGGGCAUGGAACGGUACCCGGGCCAGAUCAUGUAUAACUUCGGGUGUGCGCUGACGUCCGCUGACUUGGAUAAAGCGUCGGCAACUUUCACGAGAAGGGGACAUUCGGGGGGGGAGAAUGGCAACGCUUCUGGAGGUGACGUCACUGUGUCUGGGGACAUGUUGGUCGGGGCAGACGGACUGAGCUCGGUGAUGCGGGCUCAGAUGGAGAAGCAAGUGCCCGGGUUUUCGGUCUCGAUGGACUGUCGUGGAACGGGGAAGGCGGUCAGCGUUGCGGUCCCCCCCGAAAUGAUGGCCCCCCUUUCCGACGACGUCAUCAACCCUUUGCACGGCCCCCGCUUCCAGUUCGACCCCAAGAGCUUCACGGUCUGGGUGCGGCCCCCCAUGAGACUAGGCAUCAUGCCCAACUCGCGAACUAGAGUGGGCUGCUCCUUUACCGGCAUCGGAAUGGACGGCCAGGAUGCGGCCGGGGUUGCUGCGCAGAUCCGGGAAUUCUUCCCUGAGGUAGCGGAGCUCUUCCCUCCCGACAGCGAAUACUGCCGCCAGCUGGCGACCGCUAAGGAGCUACGGCACUGCACCGUCGACUCCACGCAGUUCCACUACAAGCAAACGGUCUUAUUGGGCGAUGCCGCCCAUGCGUGCUUCAACUACAUCGGGCAGGGCACUAACUUGGCCAUGGAGGACGGGCUUGUUCUGGAGGAGAUCCUGCAAAAGGAAAUUGAGGCUGCAAAACGGCGCGCGGACGGCCAGCAAGACCACGGCGCGCGGCGGGCUUUGCUAGUACAAACCGUGGCUUCCGCUUUGGAGCGCUUCAACAAGGAGCGGAAAAAGGAGACGGACGCCGCCGCCAAGAUGUCGGAGGAUAUUCCCAAGCAGCCCAUCAAGCUCGUGCUCGCGCAGAACAAGUUCUACGAGUCCUUCGGCCGCUUCAUCCCCGGCUUCGUCACGUGGCAGGACGCGCUCAACAGCACCCUGCGGCCGCCGUCCCAGAUCGCGGCCAUGCGCGCGCGCCAGAUGCGCAAUUACCGCGCCAUCCGCCACGCGCCGACGGUCCUUGCCGUCUCGGCUGCGGUGGCGGUGCUCGCGGCCGCGGCCGCGCGGCUCUCUCAGUAGUCUGCGGAAUCGGCUUUACUUUUAAGCCAGCGGAACAGUGUUGAGGUUUGUCGAGUUGACACGAAAAGGAACUGUGUUGAGUUGCAUCGAUGUUGAGAAAGGCACGUUUUCCGCGCGGUUUCCCAUCAUGCUGAGUUUAGUGCAUACAGCAGUGUACAUAUAGCGAUCAAUCGGGGACUUCUGUUCCGAGUUUUGGGUAGACGCGGUCCCUGCAAGUUUAGCGCAAAGGACAUCAUACUCAUUAUUUGACAAGUUGGGCCAUACGGAUACAUUUCAGACAACCUGCCACACGCAACGAGUCCCGUACAUAAAGCACGCGUAGAUUGAAAAACCUACCGGCGGCCCCCGUGCAGUAGCGUCGCUCAUUCGAUUCAAGCGGUGCACUGACAUGAUAUAAAUGUGGUCUCCUAGCCAGGAUAAGAUCGAAGCUGAUUGGGUAAUUGACCAUUCACGCAAGGGCGAGCGGAGCGUAAUUCAUGCAUUGCUCAAG